ACGGCAGCGCCCGGGAUAACGUGAUUAGCGCUCUAUUAGGUCCGCUAUUGAGCACAACUAGAUGCAGUGCAGAGAUCAUUGUGCGGGGAGAGACAGAGGAAACGCUUCAUCCGACACAUGGAUCUCCUCUGCUGGCCAUUGAUCUGGCUAAAGAAGUUACCCGCUGACAGUUUUUUAAUGCCCGUGCGUCUCUGGCACUGGAGAGGUUGUGUCACUGCUCGCUGCCUCAGAUGAACUGACAGCCUUAUAAACAACAAGGGCUUAAUCCUUGAGGAGCCAGUGCACGAUGAAAGGGAAAAAUCCGGGAGAGCCUCAGAGGAGUGAUUCAGUUCCUUUCUCAGCCCUGCGGUGAGCUGCUGGCUCUGUCCUUCCUGGUGGAUGAUACUUGUUAACCUCAGGUAAACUCACAUAGGAAGUGGGCCAAUCUGCUCCAAUGGAGCCCAACAACGACACCAACCAGACUUUUGCAAAAGUGGCUCCGUACAGCUGGCAGAUAUCCCUGCCGCUCACGGUGCUGGUGGGGAUCAUGAUCCUGCUGAUAGUGUUUGGUAACGUGCUGGUGGUCAUUGCUGUGUUUACAAGUCGGGCGCUGCGAGCUCCACAGAACUUAUUUUUGGUGUCUCUGGCAUCAGCUGACAUUUUGGUGGCGACCCUCGUGAUGCCUUUCUCCUUGGCCAAUGAGCUCAUGGGAUACUGGUACUUUGGCGAGGUGUGGUGUGAUAUAUAUCUUGCACUUGAUGUGCUUUUCUGCACUGCCUCCAUCGCCCACCUCUGUGCUAUCAGCUUAGACCGUUACUGGUCCAUCACACAGGCCAUCGAGUACAACCUGAAGAGGACGCCACGACGCAUCAAGUGCAUCAUCGUCAUUGUGUGGGUCAUUGCGGCGGUUAUCUCCUUCCCACCUCUAAUCAGCAUGGACAAGGGAAACAACAAAGACAACCCUGUGUGUGAGAUUAAUAAUGACAAAUGGUACGUCAUUUCCUCCUGCAUCGGCUCCUUCUUCCUGCCCUGCAUCAUCAUGGUGCUGGUCUAUGUGCGAAUCUACCAGAUCGCCAAAAAGAGGACGCGGGCUCCACCGGGAGACCGGAAGCGGAAGGACCUACCGAAGACGCCCACCAUCCAUGCCGGCAACCAGAAAGAGAACGGCGUGGGCGACGCUGAGGACCGCUUGUGCCACGAGAAGCUGAACGGUGAACGGGACAUCGAGCUGAAGGAGGAAGUAGGAGGAGGAGGAGGGACUGAUGAGGAGAAAGGUGAGGUCAACGGGGUGGACAUUGAGGAGUCGUCCUCCUCUGACCACAAAGUGAACAAUCCAUGCUCGAUCAAAAAGAAAUCGACCAAGAGCAAAACCAAACUGAGUCAAAUCAAACCGGGGGACGGCGAGGUCCAAAAGCGGGUGCCGAGCACCAAGUGCAGCCGCUGGAAGGGCCGACAGAACCGGGAGAAACGCUUCACCUUUGUCCUGGCUGUGGUCAUUGGAGUGUUUGUCAUCUGCUGGUUUCCCUUUUUCUUUACGUACAUGCUGACGACACUGUGUCAGUCCUGUCCUGUACCUGACACCCUGUUCAAGUUCUUCUUCUGGUUUGGUUAUUGCAACAGUGCACUGAACCCCAUCAUUUACACCAUCUUCAACAAUGACUUUAGGAGGUCGUUCAAAAAGAUACUGUGCAGGAGGGACACCAGAAGAUACGUAUGAUGGACUCCAUCUUUAUGUACAUACUCCUUUUUUUUUUCUUUUUUUACUAUGUUGUACAUAAAGUGUAAAACACUCUGACCAUUGUGCAUGGAUCCACCAGCUUGUGAAUGCUGUAGGUGUAACUGCUUGUAAAGGCUUUCCCAGGACGAGCUUUACGUGCAGCAUCUUCUUUUCAAAACCUCCACCACCCACACUUUCACUACUGACGUCACACAGAGAGAGGUUUCAAGUGCUGAACACCACAUGCGAACAUGUUUUCAUUUGAACUGAUAUUUUUAUGUUUAUAAAAGACAGACAUAUUAAAAGCCCAUGAUAUGUAUUGUAUUUUACGACAGUAUGUUGUACAAAAUGACUCCGUCUGUAUAUUUGUCUCUAUUUUUGUUGUUAUGGAUACAUUAUUGUGCCAUUUUGUAUGAUAUGAUAAUGAUGUUGGUUCGGAUGGUGAUGGUGGUGUUGACAACAUGUGGGGAAAAUACAGACUCUUUAAAGAAUAAAUAAAGCCCAUUUCCUGAAAUGGCUUCAAGGAUCCAUAUAAAAACAA